AAUUCAGUUACGUUUCCGUGUGACGAAGAAGAGAAAGACAGCGUCUGACGUAAUCACGUACAACGUCUAGCAUCGAAGCAACAUGGCUUUGAAUGGAGAUGAAGACUAUGAGUGGGAGCCACCAACAGAGGCGGAGAUGAAGGUGAUCCAGGCUCGCAGGGAUCGACAAGACAAAAUCAGCAAGCUGAUGGGAGAUUACCUGCUGAAAGGAUACAAGAUGCUGGGAGACUGUUGCGACCUGUGUGGGACGAUUCUUCUUCAGGACAAACACCAGAAAAAGUACUGUGUGGCAUGUCAGGAGUUGGACUCUGAUAUCGACAAAGACAACCCCGCUCUGAAUGCUCAGGCCGCAUUGUCUCAGGUGAGAGAGAGACAGCUGGCCGCCCAGUCUCCCGCGCAGACCCAGACCCCUGAACUCAACGGGGGCGCCGGCGUGAGUCAGGCGGGCGCCUCGGUCGCUCAGCCCAGACCGGAGCACUGCGAGGGGGCCGCCGCCGGGGGCAGAGCCCUCCUGCUUCCGCCCGCCGCCCCCCUUCCCCCGGCCCCGGCCUGCCCCCCCACGCUGGCGGUGGCUGCGGCGGCUUCGGCCCCUCGCCCCCCCGUCAGCCCGCCCGGCUCCGCCCUCCUGCCGGUUCUGCAGGAGGCCGAGGAAGCCGUCCUCACCAAACUCCGCUGGGCCACCGCUCAGCUGCAGAGCUCGGCCUCGCUGGAGGCCAGCAUCCAGCUGUGCGGCCUCAUCGCCAGCUGUGCCAGCUCCCUGCGCAGCCUCAAGGAGCUCAGCCAGUAG